AUGAAAAUGGUGAAAAUUGCUCAUCGUUAUGUGCAACAAUACUUAUAUUUGAAAGGCCUCAGCCCAUCCAAUAAAAAAGCUGAAAUAGAUUCUACUUUGGGCGAGUCUGCUCUUUCGUUUACAACAGUAAAAUAUUGGGUAGCUCAGUUUAAACGAGGUCCUACGAGCUGCCAAGACGAGCAUCGCAGUGGUCGACCAAAUGAGGUGACUACUCCAGAAAUGGUGAAGAAAAUCCACAAAGCGGUAAUGGAUGAUCGUCGACUGAAAGUUCGCGAGGUAGCAGAUAUAGUAGGCAUUUUAAAAAGUAUGGUACAUCGCAUAUUAUCUGAUGAUUUGGAAAUGAAAAAGCUGUGGGCAAGAUGGGUGCCGCGUUUGCUCACACCCGACCAAAAGCAGUGUAGUGAAGAGGUUUCAAUUGAGUAUUUAGCGAAUUAA